AUGCCUGCAGCAAUUACGAUAAAUCCGAAUAACGAGUAUCGCCCAGUAUUCGCCGAGGACGACCCGCCGUCUAGUGCUCAAGAAAGAGCUGAUGACUAUAAGAUAUUGCUGCGUGUUCCAGAGGGAUCUUUCCAACCGGAUCUGCCCACAGCCGAAUCUGGUGAUCUUCGACGUGAUGGCUUCCAGUUUGACUUCAGUGAUGAAGCGCCGAAGAGGGUUGGGCAUGACGACAUGGAUGAUGACGAUCAACCACCGCAAUUAAACCAUGAUCCAAUACCAGUGUCUUCGCGACUUGAUCUACAGCAGUCAUUCAGGUAUAGCAACAAGCACAUGGAUGUAAGCGAUGAGGAUAGUGAUAAGGAGCCCGUUCGUGGAAGGGGGUUGGCUGUCUUACCAAUGCGGGAAACGAAGCAAAAGCCCGAUAGUAUCAGUCCAGUGCUACCCCCUGUUGGGCCGUCUCCUGGUGCUGUGUCAAACAUUAAUGACAAAGCAAUGGGUAUCAAGGAUGAUGAAGAUGCCCAUGGAGCUGGAAUUAUCAAGUACGAGAAUACGCCUUUUGUUCUGAUCCCACAGCAACCAGACGCUGUCGUUGCAACUGAACGACCAUCUGCAGAUACCAUUGGUGCCCCAGGCUCUCGAGAAAACCCUCAAAAUCUUGCAAAAUAUCCGUCGGUUGAGCUUGAAUACAACACGUCUACUCGUGGGAGCUCACGUAUUCUGCCUCAUCACAGGAUCAACGAGAUUUCCAGCGCAGAGCGACAAAUUGGGUAUAGAGAUCGCGCCUCUGAUGUUGAAUCACCUACUCUUGGUCUUCUUGAUGAUGCCUUUCGUACUGGUCAAGUCCGACGGAUUCCCUCAUCCGAGGCUGAGGUAAUUGUUGCGCGCGAUGCAACACCUGCAUCAGAUACACCCGUUGAUGACAAAGAUGAUCAAACUGCGUCAAAAAUUGAGAAGACAGAUGCAGAGCGUGCCUUUAGCCCCGUGUGGUUUGCCAAGAGUGAUUUGCAGCUGCCCGACACGAACACACGGGGUCUCGGGGAUGCAGACGAACGCGCGCAAGCCUGUGCAGCGACGUUUGCAGAGGAACCCGGCGAGAACGCAAGGAGUCCACCAGAAACCAUUGGCGAGAUUGCAGCCCCAGCCCAGCAACAAAUACGAGGACAUGGGGAGACUUCGCUUAGCGACACCCUUGCGGGGGCCAAUGCUGCAACUGCUGACAGCGACACCUCGACGCGCCGCGUCUCUACGCCGCCUUCUCGGGGCGUCAACGCCGUUGAAGGAUAUCCCGCAUCUGAUCUGGUCGAUACAUCAUGGGACCACAGACACUCCACAAUUGAACCGCGCGUUGAUACAGACGAUUCUGAUAAGAUGAGAGAUGAAAGCGACCGCGUAACGCCCGUUGCGCAGGUUCCGCGCAUCACCCAGAAUGGCCCCGAGACACCCAAGGCUGAAGAACCGCACGACGAGAUUUCUCAUCCCACGAUGUCAAAUGGCUACUUCCGUGGCCAGGGUAACUUUCCAGACUUCAAACACCAAGCACAUCAACUGCAGGUCUCGAACAAUGCUACAACAGCUCCAGAGCGGUCAAGGUCCAUGCUCUCGCAAAUAUCUGCCAUGGUCUCAGACGACGGCAACAAUCCAUAUUCACAGACAUCUACUGGAAGAUCUACCCCGUCUACCAUUCGUCGAAUGCAACCAGACUCUACCAUGAAGCCUUCGACGGCUCCACCACAGAUCCCUGAGGAAGUUUUAACGUCGUAUGGCGAUCAUACAGCGAAUGGCAGAGAUGAUGACUUCGAUCUCUAUGCAGAUCACAACGGAGUUGUCAAGGAUGUGCAAGACAAGAGUGGCCGGCCCUUGCGGCUUGCAGAUCUCCAAGUACCAGGAACAGCGCCACGACCACAGCCAUCAAAAUCUUCAACCUCCGACAUUGGGAGUGCACCAGCAUCUCGUGAUGGGGAGCAUCCAAGAUAUAGUUUUGAAAGGCCAAUGAGCUUCGUUUCAGGGCCUGAAGACCAGGAUGGUAAACCUCAAGACCAGAUCAACCAGGCCGCAGCCUCGAACGCAAUGCAGGUGCUACCAGCUUCUGAGCAGCACCGACAUCAACCACAACAAUCACGAAAUAUGGAGACAGUGUACUCGAUGAACCCGCCAGCAAGCAUGGCUCCGCCACCAGACCAAAUCACAUCGCGGCACCAACCAGUGCCUGCUCCAGGACCAGGCCCGUCGAAAAACAUUUUCCACGCUGUCAAGUCAAUCAAUCCUGAAAGCAAGACGAUUCAGCCAGCUAUUGACUCUUGGCGACCCUCGGGCGAAUCCGUUUCCCAGCAGGUGCUCUCUGAGAAUCCUAAUGUCAGUUACCAACCACCACCGACCAAUCAACCCUCAGACCAUAUGUUGCAUGAGCCACAAAGGAGACCGAUGAUUCCCGGUCAACCAGUUUCGCAGGAUGCUCAGAAUUACCCGCAGGCACAAGUGGGAUCCCAUGAGAUUCAGGCGCAUACGCAGGGCAGUGUACCACGGAACCAGUUUGAACAUCAUCAGCAGAUGAUGCAGAGGCAAGCACAAUACCCUCGACAUCAAGAUGCAGAGUUCAGACCGCCUACUACUCGUUCACAUCCGUCUGCCGAACAAGUACCAAGACAACAAGAGAAGCCAUCAAAACCCAGACUUUCAUCCAUGUUUAAGAGCCUUGGCGGGAAAACCCAAGCAAAUUCUCAGCACCCGCCGAGCACUAGCAACACCACCAUGCUUUCGGAUUCCAAGCCCCUUCCACCCAAUCCCAGCUAUAGUGCUCCGGUUCAGUCUGUAAUGGAUAGGUUCACACGACCUAGAGAGGCGUCCAAAGAGAGACCUGCUGAACAGCCCAGGUCUUUCGUGCCACCCAACCGCCCAAGUAUGGGUCAGCAACCACAAUUCAUCCAAACCCCAUUAGUGGUACCUUCGACCGACUUGCAUCGUGAUGCAAGGGUGCCCAUGACAUCUGGUGCCUCAAAUGGUUUUCCAUCUCUGCAACCACCGUCCAUGCCCCAAGCCCAGGCUCAGUCGUACCAAGUAACCCAGUCAGGAACACCAGAAAAUGGAAAGAAGAAAAGGUUUUCUGGAUUUGGAGCUUUGUUCAAUCGAGGUGGUGUGAGCGGCGACGGGCCGGCUGCGAAGUCCAAGUUGUCGAAAGAAGGAAAGAAGGCACAGAAGGCUCAACGGAGCUCCUCUGUCCCUCCUGUUCAACCUCCACCAUCUCAAUGGCUGCCUCAACAACAGCAAACAUACAAGCCACAACAGUCCGGUUUGGCAUACUAUCCUCCUGGACAACUGCCGCCACAUACUGUGCAUAAUGAGCCACCCAUGGGUCCAAAGCUAGGGUUAUCUCAGCCAGCACCACAUAUGUAUUCUCAAGGACCACUUCAACAGUAUCAACAGGUGCAAAAUAUGCCGCCGGCACGGAAAUCGAUGUCCAAUACGCGUCCAGAAGAAGGCUCUGCAUUCCUCAAGACAAAGCAGCUAGCGAUGGAACACCAAGCUCGGCAGAGUAGUUUGCAGUCACACCACCCUCUUGCUUCUAAUGCUGGCAAUGCAGCACAAUCAUCAAGCCGAAUGUCUGGAAGCGCUGUUCCCCACAUGCGUCAUCCAAGCUUGGGUCCUCCUAUUGGUGGAUACUACAAACCUCAAGCUGAGCGACCUUCAGCGGAACAGGGAGCCUACGCAGCUUCUUUAGCUGCACGACAACAAGCAGAGCAGCACAAACAGCAGCAGAUACCUCAACAGGGAGCCUAUGCAGUAUCGCAGGCUGAGCGACAACAGGAGAGGCAGCAGUCUGCGGGAAGCCAAAAUGUUCAUAGGGAUCCUCGUCAUACUCAGCAAUCGGAACGGCAAACAUAUCCUGGACCGUCGCCAGAGCAACUCGCUCACCAGGCCUGGCUUGCACAACGCGAGCAACUACGGCAACAGGGGAGACUCACCAACGAACACGAUCGGUCGUCGCUGAAUGACGAUGCGCAAGUCCAGCAACUGCACCUACAACAGCAGCAAGACCAACACAUGGAACAACGGCAGCCGAACAAUUCCCAACCUCUUCCCUACCAUAACGCGUCCGAACCCAGACUUCAACACCCUUCUCAAGAAGCUGUUCCUAUUUCUCCACCACCUGUUUCUCCUAUGCAAGAGCCCAGAUAUGACGCACCUCCGAUACCAGCCGCGUAUAAUCCUGUUUCUGGGGCUUUUAUAUCCCCACUUGACCGGGAGCAGCAGCCCAUAUCAAAUCAAUUUCAUCGUCAAGAUUCGGAACCUAGAAUGCAAACGGUAUCGCCACAGAUAUCUGCACAGUCUCCAGCUCUUCCCAACGGUCGAUCACACUCAGAUGCAAGCACUAUGUCUCUAGUAUCGCCAAUCUCAAACUCACCAGCCUUGCCUAAUUCUUCUCCACCUCCUGUUGGGCAGCGUUACCAGAAGCCAAGGAUGAGUAGUAUCUCCGAAGUACAUCAACAAGACCGCCCAUGGCACUUCAACUUCCCAGAGGGCGCCACUGAGCAGGAGAUUGUUCGAGCACGUCAGGGACAAUACAUGCAAGAGCGCUUCACUGCUCAACAACAGCAACAGGCUGAGAGAGCUGCUAGCUCACCAUCGCCUCGUGCAUCACCGGAACAGAUGACGUCAACGACUGUGCCUUCACAUGCUCAAUCACAGGGCGGCGGUUUCAGAGAACUUUUACCCCGGCACUCUUCACAGCCUGAUCCAGAAUCACAGGUUACACAGUCUAGUCACGAUCUGCAGCCCAUGGUCCAUCGCGAUGCAACUCCUGUACAGCCCACGCCGAUACGUCCUGGACAAUCUCCACCACCCGCAGCGUACCCUCUCCCCAUGUCGCCUGACCCGACGCUAAUAGGUAGUCCUGUGAAUCCCACCGCAAGCGGUUUACCGCCACCUCCACCCCCGAAGGUCGCCCACAGCCCUGUGCGGCCUGGAUUUGGCAGUACGCAACCAUUUUCAUUCGAGAAUCAACGACAACAGUUCCAUCAUCCCUCGUCUCGAGAUGAUGGAUAUGGUUCGUCACAAACGGUCGUGCCACAGUAUGACGAGCAGGUACCAGAUGAAGCUCCACCGUCGUACGAUGGUCUCGGUGUACCCAACGACGGAAUGAACAAGAGUCGUCCAGAAGCACUUCGACCACCUAACAUCACGACGAAUCUGGAGUAUGAAUCACGCGGCCGACAAUCAGGAUCUCGACCACGUCAACCAUCGAUUGGUAUCCUGCAGCACCCACAACCAGCCUCGAUGGCUGCAUCGCCCCAACGCACGUCACCGGACAUGGGUGCCGAGUCUCUGCGUCGCCAGCUUCUGCAGCAAGAAAAUCUCGCACACAUGGAACGCGUUCAGCGCGAACAAGAGCAGCGCGAAAGACAUGAACGUGAGAGGCUAGAGCGCGAGGCUGCAAGGGCAAGAGCCAGAGAGCUUGAACGGAGUGCAUCUGGUGGCGGACAGGUCCCCAGCCUAAGGAGCGUUGGUGGUAGUACUACUGGGGGACCUUCAGGCUGGGAGAGACGCGGAAGUUAUAGCAGACCGGUGUUUGAGUUGCCUGCUGUUGAGGAUGACGAACCCACUAUGAAGGCGACUAGCUACCCUGGACAGGAGUGGGUACCGCCUAUGUGGGAUGGCGACUGA